GUCGUUUUUCCAAGGACCGACCACUGCACAUCUAUCCAUCCAUCGGUGAUGCUAUCCGCCUCUCGCCGUCCUGGCAGAUGCAUAUAUUGUGCUUUCCGCUCCCAACAAUCCUACCUGCAGUCCCUACGCCACCGCCGCUCCCUACACCUUCGCCCUUCGCCAUCCCACUGCAAUGAAGGUGGACUAAUUCGCUACACCAAUGCCCCCUACCAGAUCGGCACUCACUAUCCGCAACAAGAGGCCAGGGAAAGACGAGCGCACGCCCGGAGGAGGGAUGAGGCCAAGGAUCUUCGAGGAAGCAAUGUGCGCAAGGUCUUCUUCGGCAAAGGUGAUGCGCCUCAACACGACACCGAUCGACGGUGGAAACUCGGGUUCGAGGAUGCUCUGCGUCAGAGGCUCGAAGUCGUCAGAGACGAGCUUCAAUAUGCGCCUAUUGUGGAAGAGCUGAAGAAAGAAAAUGCGAAGGCUGGCGAGCACAGGACCGGCGACGCAGACGGGUUCAACAAGCUGUGGGCCAAGUACAAGUCCGAUCUGUUCCAGCCACCCGAAAAUAGCACCUAUUCUCCUACUUCUACGGGACCGCCUUCGAAGAAGCGCCCCGAAACAGCCGCACGGCGAUUGCUCGCAGCAUAUGAUCAACGAGGCGUGCAAGGUCUCGAUAACCGGAUUAAGCACGAAUUCUACGCACACAUUACCAAUGCCCGCUUCACGCCCUCCGACAUUCGAAAUCAGCGAAAAAUCGCCGACCUUCGCUAUCCGGGCGAGUGGUUUCCCGCUACCCGCACUCUGCAUCGCAAGAUCUUUUUGCACGUUGGCCCCACCAAUUCAGGCAAGACCUAUCGCGCGUUGCAACGCCUCGAGCAGGCCAAAGCUGGUGUCUACGCCGGCCCUCUUCGCCUCCUUGCUCACGAAGUUUACUCUCGUUUGAACGCAAAAGACAUUCCUUGUUACCUCAUCACCGGUGAGGAACGGCGCCUUCCAGAAAAGCCAUCUCCUGAUGAAGAGCAGAUAAUGUCUGCGUGUACGGUCGAGAUGGUGCCGCUGAAUCGAGCGCUCGACGUGGCCGUCAUCGACGAGAUUCAGAUGAUUGGCAAUGCGGAACGCGGUUGGGCGUGGACUCAAGCGCUCUUGGGCGUCAGGGCACAAGAAGUGCACUUAUGUGGAGAGGAGAGGACGGUGCCGCUGAUACAGGAGAUUUGUGCAUCUAUGGGCGAGGAGCUGGAGAUCCAUCGGUAUCAGCGUCUUUCCCCCCUCGAGGUCGCCUCGGAGAGCUUGGACGGAGACUUGAGAAAACUGCGAAAGGGAGAUUGCAUUGUCAGCUUUUCCGUCAUGGGAAUCCACAGUCUGCGUCGCCAGAUUGAGCGUGUAAGCGGCCGCAAGGUGGCUGUCGUAUACGGUAGUCUUCCCCCAGAGACCCGUGCGCAACAAGCGCGUCUGUUCAACGAUCCCGACAACGAGUACGACUUUCUUGUGGCCAGUGACGCGGUUGGCAUGGGCUUGAAUCUCGCCAUCAAACGCAUCAUUUUCGAAGCAUCUUCAAAGUUCGACGGUGACCAACAUCGAACCCUUCAAGUGGCGGACAUCAAGCAGAUUGGUGGUCGUGCCGGACGUUAUCGUACGGCCGCACAAGCCAUGACACAGUCGGCUGGGGACAAAGCAGAGGAGGCGCUGGCCGCUGCCAAAGGAGACGUUCCAGCUACGCCUCCCUCAGACCUUACGGCGACUGCAGCGGAGACCAAAGAUGCUCCACCUUCGCAACUUUCAACCCCCUCAACGGCCACAGCCGAGUCUACGGGCUAUGUGACAACCUUAGAGAAGAUCGACUACCCCAUUGUCAGCACGGCUAUGGUCUCCGACCCCGAGCCGAUCCGUACCGCUGGCCUAUUCCCACCCGGUCCCGUCCUUGAGCGCUUCUCCGGCUACUUUCCCCCACGCACACCCUUCUCAUACAUCCUCACCCGCCUCCAUGAACUCAGUCAAACCCACACGCGCUUCCACCUCUGCGGCCUCCGAGACUCCGUUUGGAUCGCCGACCUCAUCGAGCCCGUAGAAGGUCUGACCAUCACAGACCGCAAUAUCAUCUGCUCCUGCCCAGCGAGUCCUACAGACCGUGAACUAUGGAAGGACCUGAUGCCCGCGCUCGCACGCUGUGUCGCCGAACAAGCCGGUGGCGAUCUCGUGGACCUCAAGGAGAUACCUCUGGAAACGCUCGAGGCGGAGGUGAGCACGAGUCGCGACUAUUUGCGCGCGCUGGAACGCUUGCACAAAAGCAUCGUGGCGUAUCUCUGGCUGAGCUAUCGCUUUGCCGGCGUCUUUGGACAGAGGGCUCUCGCGUUCCACACGAAGUCUCUAGUGGAGGAGAAGAUUGAGACCGUGCUUGCGAAGUUCUCGUUCUCGGAGAAAGAGUAUAGGAAGAUUGCAGCGCAGCGGGAGCAGCUUUUGCUCAAGGAGAUGGAAAAAGGUGCUGAAGCUGCCGAGCAUGCUGCAUUCGGUGACGAGGACGGGGUGGUGGGCGACGAGAACGCUACAGAUGACGCGGCGGAGCCAAUUGGAGAGGAUGAAGAUUUGAGGGAGCAAACGAGCCUAAUCGCCGGAGGGGACCGUUUUGCCGGUGAAGAAGACUUGGGCCUGCAAGACGAUGAUUACGGCGGGUCCAUCGUCUCGGGCACUAUCGAGAAUGGGACAGACAAGGCCUCCGACGCCUCACGCGUCGGAGUCGCGAACGACGUCUCUUCUGACGGACUAGCUGCCAAUGCGACGACCCCUGACGCUUCACACCUUCUAGUGGGGCGGUCCGUACUUGCUUCAGACGAAAGCGAACGAAGCGGACGAAACGAAGCGACGACAAAUCGAAAGCAGCGCGAGAACACUUCGCCCGGCCAUCUGGCGCACCUGGACGCCAUUGCCUCUGAAGCGGAGCGUGGGGUUGCUUCUAGAAGAUAGUGA